ACUAGUACAAUGUUCCAAUGCAUUUUAUCCCGAAGGCAAGUGUGGCGUAUUUGAAGUCGUGCUUAAAGAAAAUCUUUAAAAUGUCGAAUUUCCCCAAAACCGCGGUUAAUAAUCGUCAAUUAACUAAAUAGAAAUGUGUAAUGUUGUUGUUAGAAGUGUUAUUCAGUGAAAUUCAUCAAAAAUCACACGCAGACUGCUGAAGAUCGUUAGCCAGUAAUAUAACAUACCUAACUCGACACAAUUCAAAAUUACGCAAUAUAAGACCAAAAAACUCAAUCGAGGCAAUAUAUAUAUACCAAAGAAUAAGUGGAUUUCCACUCUGUUAUUACAAUUAUAAUAUUUAGAAUUUAAGAAUAAACUAAUAUAAGAAAAUAAUAAAAAUGAAUGUCACCACCGUCUCCACGGGCACCACGACCCAUUCCUCCUCAACAAUGAAUAAUACAACGUACAAAAUUGAAAUGAUCGACGACGAACAAUUAAGUAUUGCAUCGGAUGAUGACGACGAUGAUGUAAUAAGCAGCGACGGUGUAAGCGUUUACGAUGAUUCCGACAUGGUGCAUAUGAGCAUACAAGAUGAGGUAGCAACACAAUUAGCAGCCGCUGGACCGGUGGGUGUAGCUGCUGCCGCCGCAAUAGCAUCAUCGAAAAAACGCAAACGGCCACAUUCGUUUGAAACAAAUCCGUCAGUUAGAAAACGCCAACAGAAUCGUUUGUUACGUAAAUUGCGUGGUAUUAUUUAUGAGUUUACCGGUCGUGUUGGAAAACAAGCUGUAGUACUUGUAGCAACACCAGGCAAACCAAAUACUAGCUAUAAAGUGUUUGGUGCCAAACCGCUUGAAGAUGUUGUUAGGAAUUUGAAAAAUAUUGUAAUGGAAGAAUUGGAAACAGCACUUGCACAACAAGCUCCUCCACCACCCACAGAAGAUCCUACACUUUUUGAGCUUCCACCUCUUAUUAUCGACGGUAUACCGACUCCGGUUGAAAAAAUGACUCAAGCACAACUUAGAGCAUUUAUUCCUCUAAUGCUAAAGUAUUCCACUGGAAGGGGCAAACCCGGUUGGGGAAGAGAAUCGACACGUCCACCUUGGUGGCCAAAAGAGUUGCCAUGGGCAAAUGUUAGAAUGGAUGCACGAACUGAAGAGGAAAAACAAAAGAUAAGUUGGACACAUGCUUUACGCAAAAUUGUCAUUAAUUGUUACAAAUAUCAUGGACGGGAAGAUCUUUUACCAACAUUUGCCGAUGAGGAUGAUAAAGUAACGCAGAUUGUGAGACAUCAUACGAGUGAUCAAGGAACUUCAACUGUAUCCACAGUGACAUCAAAUAAUAACAACCAAAUUGGAGUCUUAAAAAUUAAUAAUAAUGGAACCAUUAUACAAAAUACACAAACAGUGGUUCAAUCUAAUAAUAAUAACAACAACCAAUCGAAUCAAGGAGCAACAAAAAUUGAAAUUCACACAAAUACAGGGAACUCAAAUUCUUCAUCUACACACCAGACUACAAUAGGAGGCACGCAGGUUUGCCUCGACCCGAUGACAUUGAGUGACUGUGAUUACACUCAGACGGUACUUUCAACAAUUCAAAAUGCAGAUGGAACAGUUUCUUUAAUUCAAGUAGAUCCAAAUAAUCCAAUAAUAACCCUUCCUGAUGGCACAACAGCUCAGGUCCAAGGAGUUGCAACGCUUCAUCAAGGUGAAGGUGGUGCAACAAUCCAAACAGUUCAAAGUCUUUCUGAUGUGAAUGGCCACGAAAACAUGACUGUUGAUUUAACUGAAGCACAAGUUGGACAAGACGGACAGAUAUAUAUCACAGCUGAUGAUGGCCAAGGUUAUCCUGUUUCUGUUAGUAAUAUGAUCACCGUUCCAGUAUCAGCAUCAAUGUACCAAUCAAUGAUUGCCAAUAUUCAACAAUUGCACACGAAUAGUGAUGGCACUGUGUGCAUUACACCCAUGCAGGUUGAAAAUGGCGAUCACAUGGAAACUAUAACUGUUUCGCCAGGUAUGCAUCAGAUGAUGAUACAAGGAGCACCCGGUACCGAGCCUCAAGUACUUCAAGUAGUAAGUCUUAAAGAUGCUACACUUCUGUCGAAAGCCAUGGAAGCGAUAACUGGUGGCAAUGUAAAAUCAGAAGACACAAUUCUGAUGGAACAGUAAAAUACAAAUGACCAGCGAAAACAGGUUUUUUAAAGUCACACAAAACGAAAAAAACGACACAGCUGCAAUGUAAUAUUGAAUAUUAUGCUCCUGAUUUUUAUUUAUUGAGUUUUUUAACGGUUUUUUGUGUCAAAAUUUUAAUAAUUUAUGUAAAUAUGUAAGUACCUGAACCGAAGAUGCUUUAUAAUUUUUUCCUUUUCGGGUCAUUGAAAAGAAUAAUUUUCAUUAUUUAUGUACGAAUGAUCUUAUUUAUGUGUAUGUUUUUUAAAAAAAUAUUAUUUAUUAAAAAAAAGGUUUACAAAAUAUAUAUAUUAUUUUUUAUAUUUUAAUAUCUAGCAUAAACAUAAGAAAACAAAAAAGAGAAAAUAUUGUUUUUAAGCCUGAGAUAGAUUAAUUUUGAGUUUAGAUAAAUAUUUAUUGUAUUUGUACCUUAAUGUAUUUGAUGUAAAUGUAUUUAUUGAUAUUUAAUUGUAAUUUAUUCUGAAACAGAACUAUUUUGCAUUGUAUAUGACUGAUAUGCGUAUUUAAACAUACACGUACAUACAUACAUUCAUCUAGUCAGAUUUGUUUAUUAAUUUUAUUUUUUAAACGUAAAUAUUAUAGCCAUAAAUUACUAGUCAUUAUUAAAUUUUCUUAUUACCUACGAAUAAAAUGAAUGUCAUUAUACUGCGAUACCAGAAAAUUGAAAACUAGUCAAAAUUGCAAUUCACAAUUUAUCAAAUUUAAUAUUGAUCACUGAUUAUAUCGAACAGUAUUAAUAAUUCAUUAAAAUUUUAACAAAAAAUAGAUUUAAUACUGCGAAGAGCCGCUUUUUCUGCAGAAUUGCUUUUUUUACUUUAAAAAAUUAAGAGCUGAAAGCACAGUGAGUUAGAUUAAUAAGAUGUAUAUUCAGGACAAUUUCUAAGUUUUGUAAUAUAGUAAACCCUUACAGUCAAGCCUUCAGCAGGAUCAUACUUUAGCUAUAAAAAUGGUGUUAUGUUCUGUCAAAGCUCAAGAUGAGAGAUAACUUGAUGGGAAAAAAUAGCUGUGCACAAACCUAGAUGGUUAGAAAAGUUCUUACUUAUUAUAAUAGAAACAGGUGUCUUCAUCAUUUUCAAUACACAGUAUUGCUUAAGCCAUUAAGUCGUUUGUCGUUAGUCUUUCUAUAUUUUAACCGUAUCUAUUAAUGCUCUCAAAAAGUAACAAUGGUAAAAAGUUUGAGGUCAAUGAUAAUUUCGUCUGGAAAAAAUAAUAGAAACAAGCUACUUUAAUUGAUAUUCGAACGCAAGGGUCAGUUUUUAUUGUAUGCGAAUAAGCUUUUUGAGUUUGUUUGUCAUUUCUGAAGGCGAUGUACGCGGAUGUGUGUGAAAAUUCUACAACAGUUGCCGGGACACCAAUUUUACUUGGGUUUAACAUGAAAUCUCGAAAUGCAUAAUCUAGAAUAUAGAAUCUUUGAAACCAAAAAUCUACAAACAAAAUUCGAAACAUACAAAUUUUAACAAAAAAAACUAUUGGUGUUACAAAAUUCUAGUUUUUCUCUAGUUUGUUGUUAAUUUCUGGCACAUAAAACAUUUAAUUAGAGGCACCUUAACAUGUUAAUGAAUUAGUCCUUUUUUUUUGACAAAAAUCAGAAGAAGAAAUCUCUUUAGAAAGUUACAUUUUUGUUCUUUCAAGUACAUAUUUUUUGAGACAGUGAUUGUACAGCGACGUGUUCCUAAAAGUUAUUUCUAAUCUCAUUUUUUAUAUCAAUUGACAAAAUAUUCAUCUUAUUCGGAUUGCAAUUAGCACAUCCCGUAAUUUGUUUGUACACCGUUAGUCACUGUUAAUAACUGGACAUUUACAUUUCCAAUCGACAUCAAUUUCCAAUUGUUAGGUAAAAUUGAUUUAUAGUGUAGAAGAAGAGAUUGUGUACAAAUUAAACUCUGAAGGAAGCUGUUGUUGCGAAACCAAAUAAUUGUUAAAUAAAGUCAACCUCCAGGCAUAUUUUUUUUUUCUAAAUUACAUUCCAAAAUUGAUUGUAUAUUUUAAAUAUUUUUAUUCAAAAUUUUAAUGGAUCAUUUUAAAGAAAAUUAAAAUAUUGAUGAAUAAAAAUUAUGCAUAAGUAGUGAAUUCAUUUUAUAAAAAUAUUCAAUAUGAUGUAAGAACCCAGAAAAAAAUAAUAUCAAAAAGCUAUAAUUGUCGAAUUAAUGUAUUUUCCAAUAAUAAUUAGUCAUAAGAAAU